AUGGCUCAGCAGGCGGCAAGCCCGGACACCUUGGCCGUGCCCGAGGUGGAUAAUCCGCAUGGCGCAAACCCCUGGCUGAACGAGGACCUGGUGAAAUCCUUGCGCGAAAACCUGUUGCAGAACGAGAAGUCCAAGGCGGCCAGGAAAUCUGUCUCUCCCAGGCUCUCCCCGGUGAUUUCUCCCAGGAACUCCCCCAGGCUCCUGCGCAGGAUGCUUCUCAACAGCAACAUCCCCAAACAGCGGCGUUUCACCGUGGCGCAUACGUGUUUUGAUGUGGACAAUGGCACAUCUGCGGGACGGAGUCCCUUGGAUCCCAUGACCAGCCCAGGAUCUGGGCUAAUUCUCCAAGCAAACUUUGUCCACAGUCAACGUCGCGAGUCGUUUCUGUAUCGAUCCGACAGCGAUUAUGACCUCUCUCCAAAGUCUAUGUCCCGGAACUCCUCCAUCGCCAGUGAUAUACACGGAGAUGACUUGAUUGUGACUCCAUUUGCUCAGGUCUUGGCCAGCCUGCGAACUGUACGAAACAACUUUGCUGCAUUAACUAAUAUGCAAGAGCGAGCACCCAGCAAAAGAUCACCCAUCUGCAACCAACCGUCCAUCAACAAAGCCACCAUAACAGAGGAGGCCUACCAGAAACUGGCCAGCGAGACCCUGGAGGAGCUGGACUGGUGUCUGGACCAGCUAGAGACCCUGCAGACCAGGCACUCCGUCAGUGAGAUGGCCUCCAACAAGUUUAAAAGGAUGCUUAAUCGGGAGCUCACCCAUCUCUCUGAAAUGAGUAGAUCUGGAAAUCAAGUGUCGGAGUAUAUAUCAAACACAUUCUUAGAUAAGCAACAUGAAGUGGAAAUUCCUUCUCCAACUCAGAAGGAAAAGGAGAAAAAGAAAAGACCAAUGUCUCAGAUUAGUGGGGUCAAGAAGUUGAUGCACAGUUCCAGUUUGACUAAUUCAAGCAUCCCGAGGUUUGGGGUUAAAACUGAACAAGAAGACGUCCUUGCCAAGGAACUAGAAGAGGUGAACAAAUGGGGUCUUCAUGUUUUUAGAGUAGCAGAGCUGUCUGGUAACCGGCCUCUGACUGUUAUCAUGCACACCAUCUUUCAGGAACGGGAUUUAUUGAAAACAUUUAAAAUUCCAGUAGACACUUUAGUUACAUACCUUAUGACCCUGGAAGACCAUUACCAUGCUGACGUGGCCUACCACAACAAUAUUCAUGCUGCAGACGUGGUCCAGUCAACACAUGUGCUGUUAUCUACACCUGCUCUGGAGGCUGUGUUUACAGAUUUGGAGAUUCUUGCAGCAAUUUUUGCCAGUGCAAUACAUGAUGUAGAUCACCCUGGUGUGUCCAAUCAGUUUCUGAUCAAUACAAAUUCUGAACUUGCCUUGAUGUACAACGAUUCUUCUGUCUUGGAGAACCAUCAUUUGGCCGUGGGCUUUAAGUUGCUUCAAGAAGAAAACUGUGACAUUUUCCAGAAUUUGACCAAAAAGCAAAGACAAUCAUUAAGAAAAAUGGUCAUUGACAUUGUACUUGCAACAGACAUGUCAAAACACAUGAAUCUACUGGCUGAUUUGAAAACUAUGGUUGAAACUAAGAAAGUGACCAGUUCUGGAGUUCUUCUUCUUGAUAAUUAUUCUGACAGAAUUCAGGUCCUCCAGAAUAUGGUGCACUGUGCAGACCUGAGCAACCCGACCAAGCCACUGCAGCUGUACCGCCAGUGGACGGACCGCAUAAUGGAGGAGUUCUUCCGUCAAGGAGACCGCGAGAGGGAGCGGGGCAUGGAGAUAAGUCCCAUGUGUGACAAGCACAAUGCCUCUGUGGAGAAAUCACAGGUGGGCUUCAUAGACUAUAUCGUUCAUCCUCUCUGGGAGACAUGGGCAGACCUUGUCCAUCCUGAUGCCCAGGACAUUUUGGACACUUUGGAGGACAAUCGUGAAUGGUACCAGAGCACAAUUCCUCAGAGCCCCUCCCCAGCACCUGAUGACCAGGAGGAGGGCCGGCCGGGUCAGACUGAGAAGUUCCAGUUUGAACUCACUUUAGAGGAGGAUGGCGAGUCAGACACUGAAAAGGACAGUGGAAGUCAAGUAGAAGAAGACACUAGCUGCAGUGACUCCAAGACUCUCUGCACUCAAGACUCGGAGUCGACCGAGAUCCCCCUGGAUGAACAGGUGGAAGAAGAAGCAGUAGGGGAAGAGGAGGAAAGCCAGCCCGAAGUCUGUGUCAUCGAUGAUCAUUCUCCUGACACGUAA